GUUACAAUGAGCUUCCCCAUCGGUCCGACUGAGAGCCAGCGUCAGUACCGACAUCCCAGCAGCAGACACACCGCCACAGACACCAGCUCCGUCCGCCCGCAGCAGGAUGCCCGGGGGAAAGAGAGGGCUUGUGGCACCGCAAAACACUUUUCUGGAGAACAUAGUCCGGCGUUCAAGUGAGACCAGCUUUCUCCUGGGAAACGCCCAGAUCGUGGAGUGGCCCAUAGUUUACAGUAAUGACGGAUUCUGCAAGCUGUCUGGCUUCCACAGAGCCGAGGUCAUGCAGAAGAGCAGCACAUGCAGUUUUAUGUACGGAGAGCUGACAGACAAGAAGACCAUCGAUAAAGUCAGACAGACGUUCGACAAUUAUGAAUCUAACUGCUUUGAAAUCCUGCUGUACAGAAAGAACAGAAGUCCUGUUUGGUUCUACAUGCAAGUGGCUCCCAUCAGGAAUGAGAAUGACAAGGUGGUGCUGUUCCUCUGCACUUUUAAGGACAUUACCCUCUUCAAGCAGCCCAUCGAAGAUGAAACUACUAAAGGAUGGACCAAAUUUGCACGGCUAACACGUGCACUCACCAACAACCGCAACACCCUACAGCAACUGGCGCCUAUUGGCAAACCUGAAGUCAGCCAUAAACAGUCCAGACUGGCGGAGGUUUUGCAGCUAAACUCUGACAUCCUCCCGCAGUACAAGCAGGAAGCCCCCAAGACACCACCUCACAUAAUACUUCACUACUGCACCUUCAAGACCACAUGGGACUGGGUUAUCCUCAUCCUCACCUUCUACACCGCCAUCAUGGUGCCCUACAAUGUCUCUUUUAAGACCAAGCAGAACAACAUUGUUUGGCUGGUGCUAGACAGCGUAGUCGACGUCAUCUUCCUGGUGGAUAUCGUUCUCAACUUCCACACCACCUUCGUGGGGCCCGGUGGAGAGGUGAUCUCUGACCCCAAACUCAUUCGGAUGAACUAUCUGAAGACUUGGUUCGUCAUUGACCUGCUGUCGUGCCUGCCCUAUGACAUCAUCAAUGCCUUUGAGAAUGUGGAUGAGGGCAUCAGUAGCCUGUUCAGCUCUCUGAAGGUGGUCCGCCUGCUGCGUCUGGGCCGGGUGGCCAGAAAACUGGACCACUACCUGGAGUAUGGUGCUGCUGUUCUGGUCCUCCUGGUCUGCGUGUUUGGACUGGUGGCCCACUGGCUUGCCUGCAUCUGGUACAGCAUCGGAGACUACGAAGUUAUCGAUGAAGCCACCAACACCAUCAAGAUGGACAGUUGGCUUUAUCAGCUGGCUAUCAGCAUUGGAUCGCCUUACCAAUACAAUGCCAGCGGUUCUGGAGAAUGGGAGGGCGGCCCUGGCAAGGAUUCUCUGUACAUCACGUCCCUGUAUUUCACCAUGACCAGUUUGACGACCAUUGGAUUUGGAAACAUUGCCCCCACCACAGACGGAGAGAAGAUCUUUUCUGUGGCCAUGAUGAUGGUGGGAUCUCUGCUCUAUGCCACCAUCUUUGGAAAUGUGACCACGAUUUUCCAGCAGAUGUACGCCAACACAAAUCGUUAUCACGAGAUGCUCAACAGUGUCCGGGACUUCCUGAAGCUCUACCAAGUUCCCAAGGGCUUAAGUGAAAGAGUAAUGGACUACAUUGUCUCCACCUGGUCAAUGACCAAAGGCAUCGACACGGAAAAGGUCUUAUCCAUCUGUCCCAAGGACAUGCGGGCCGACAUCUGUGUCCAUCUCAACAGGAAGGUGUUCAACGAACAUCCAGCAUUCAGGUUAGCUAGUGAUGGCUGCCUGCGCUCACUGGCAGUCGAGUUUCAGACCACCCACUGCGCUCCAGGAGACCUGAUCUUUCACGCCGGGGAGAGCGUUGACACCCUCUGUUUUGUGGUGUCGGGGUCACUGGAGGUCAUUCAGGACGACGAAGUCAUUGCCAUCUUAGGAAAAGGUGACGUGUUCGGAGAUGUCUUUUGGAAAGAAACGACUCUUGCACAUGCGUGUGCAAAUGUUAGAGCGCUUACCUACUGUGACCUCCACGUCAUCAAGAGGGAAGCUUUGCUCAAAGUUUUGGAGUUUUACAGUUCCUUCGCCAACUCUUUCUCCCGCAACCUCAUCCUCACCUGUAACUUGCGCAAGCGGAUAAUUUUCCGCAAGAUCAGUGAGGUGAAGAAGGAGGAGGAGGAGAGACAGCGAGCGAAGAACGAGGUACAGCUCACCAUCCCACAGGACCAUCCUGUCCGGAAGCUUUUCCAGAAGUUCAAGCAGCAGAAGGAGCUCCGCAACCAAGGAGCCGCAGCUGCCUCGCAACUAGACCUGGAGAAGAACCAGCUGCAGGUGGAGCACCACCAGCACCUGCAUCCUCACACCCUGCAGCUCGGCCACUCCAGUCUGCAGCACUCCCUGCCGCUCACCCUGCAGCGGCCCCUCACCUCCAUGCAGAACGGGGCUCCACCCAGCAGCAGCGUUCUGACUGUGUCUCAGGUCACACCCAUGCAGAGCUCUCUGGCUUACGGCCAUCCCAGCGAGGCACCUGCAAAGCAGAACAACUGUGACAUCAUGGAGCUGCAGCCCAGUUCUGCUGGAGGGGGCAGCGAGCAAACUGUCAGGCUCAAAGUUAGCACCAGCCCUGCGCUUGGAAAGCCGGCCGCCAAGGCGAGUGGCUGGAUGCGCCUCAAAAACAACAUGGCUCCAGCGGAGACGAGGAAGGAGGGUCUUAACAACAAUGUCAAAGCUGUUUCCGUGGAGAUGCUCUCUCAGGACGGUAAAGGUCGGGAAACAGGGGGGAGCAGGGAUGGAGAGGAAGGUGGGGUCUCCAGCAACAACCCACUUCGCAAGACGGACUCCUGUGACAGUGGAAUCACUAAGAGCGAGCUGCGCAUCGACCGGGCAGGGGAGCCGCGGACCCCAGCGGCAGUUACCCCACUUCUCCACAGCCCUCUUCCCGGAGGAGUGGGGUCCCCUCACUCUUUCUGCCCCAUACCGGAACAGGCCCUGCAGGCUGCAUUGCACGAGACCCGGAUGGAGCUCCGGGGGGACAUCCAGACUCUGGGAGGCCGUCUGGGCGCCCUGGAGAGUCAGGUAGCUGAAAUUAUCAAACUGCUGUCGGAUAAGAGACAGCCGUCCACGGGGGCGCCACCUGCCUCUGCCACGCCCAAAACCAAAAUACAACGGCAAGACAUUUUCACCGUCUCCAGGCCCGUUUCUCCAGACUCAGAGAAAGACGACGGGCUCUGAAGAGAGCUGAACCAGCGGUGCAGAGUGCGCACUGGACUAACAGAGAUUAUAUUAACAUUAGCUCUAUCAAUUCAAGGUUACUCUCAUUUUUGGGCAUCCUCUUGGACUCUCGUACACCGCUGGUCUCAAUUCCAAAUUGAAAAAAAAAAAACUGGCUUCUUGUUUGCACACUGAUUUUUUUUGUCUCCAGGUGAUGUGAGAGUCUUUACUCUCCAGUCACCCGGACUCUGGUUUCUUUUUGAUUGUACAUACCUCUCUAUGCAUGUCCAGCUGGAUUCUGGCCUGCCAAAGAAACAACUACUAAACGUACUUAUUGCCUGUAUAUUAUGCAGUUGACUGCAUGCAAAUAAGAUUCAAAGAGACAUUUUAUUGAGCUACACUGUACAUAUAAAUAUUUUUCAUUGAUGAAUUUACUAUGUGGACAUUCAGGGUUUGCAUACUAGUAGCACUAUAAACAUUGAAUAUCUCAAAGGGUUUACAGGCAGAUGGAUUGUGCAUGGAUUAUUUAUACAUAGAGAAGUUAUAAGGGGACAGAGGUUUUGUUUCAUUUCUUUUGCCUGUCAGAUGAAGCAGAUGUGUGAUUCUGUUCUCUCGCCACAGAGAUGCUCGGAUGUGAGGAUCAGCAUCUGUUAAAACAGGGAGGGAAAUUUCUGAUAUGUUUUUCUAAUAUAUAUAUAAUAAUAAUAAUAAUAAUAAUGAUCAUUGAUUUCUAUUUUUGAUUACAGAAAUGCCCUUGGCCUCAGUUUGAUAUGUAAACCCUGAAAAAUGCUUGUUUUGUUUGAGCCCUCCUUGUGUCUAUGCAUCACUCGGGUACGCUGCCAGAAUAUUGUACCUUUGUAAUCUCGUUGAUGAAUGAUGUUUUUUGUUUAGUUUUCUUUGGGGUUUUUUGUUCCAUUCCUCUGCAUGAAUCAGGGAUGGCAGAAUGCACUUUUGGGUAAAGUUGGGGUGACAAGAAGGCUUUGGGGAAAUAACACAGUUCACGCAAAAGUCCACUCAGCACAGUGACAUGUAAUCCCACGGCCCCAGCAACACACACGGCAGUCUUAACCAGCUAGCGUCUCUCUGAAGCCUGCUCUGAAUUCCAUUAACUAAGCAGCAACAGCUUUGCCUCAAAGCUAGCAAGUCAUAAAAAUGGAAUAGUGUACUUUCUAUGAUAUAAUUUUUUGUAAAAAAUCUGCAUGUGAAGGAGCAGUUUUAUGCUCCGCAGUGCUUACAAAUACACGUGUGAGAAGUGACACAUUUGCUUCAUGCAUACACAUGCAGUGUGAAGGCGUCUCGUGGUGUGAACCCUGAAGGCUCGCAAAGACCUUUUCUUCACACAAGGCAGAUCAGUUGGUUUGUCAGAAGUCACAGUCUUUUCAGGUCCUCUGUGAAUUGGACAAUGUCCCUCCUCCUACCAGCGCUCAUUCCCUGAAAAAACACACACACACUCUCAGAAUCAUAUUUAAUAAGACAAUGAUAAGAACACAAAUGUACAGUAGCCAUCAUGAAAGUUUUAUAAACAUUUAAUUAUUUUCUGGUGGUUAUAUCAAAUGAAUAGCUGAAUGAAUAGUAAGUUAAAUAGUUAACAGUAGUAAAUAUGCCAAAAAGUAAAGAAUUAGAUUCAAAACUGAGGAUUUUGCAGUUUGUCCUCUGCACAGUGAAUGGUUUGGUUUAAACACAAGAACCUGUUUUGAUGCUGCUGCAAAGUAUCUUCUAACAAGCACUUGGCGACAGUAGGAAGGAAAAACUCCCUUUUAGCAGGAAGAAACCUCUGGAUGUUGCUUCCUCUGCCCAGGGAGCGACAGCCAUCUGCUGGGACCAGUUGGGAGUGAAGGGAGGGCGACAGGACAAAAAAAAGAGAUACUCCAUUAUAGGUUUUUGUCAAAAGAGUGGAUGGGUGUGGAAACUGCUUCUGCAAGAAAUCUAAUGACAUAAAAAGAAACACUUUUUAACCCUAUGCCAUAACCUUCCAAGCCAUUCAGUCAAUCCAGGCUUUGUUGACCCAAGCUUAGAAAUAGGGUUAAAAGGGAUUUAUGGUUAUGUCAUACAAGUUCUCUUGUAGAUUUCCUGCUGCUGAAGGCUAAAUCAGUCCUUAGAGGGAACCUGCAUACAAUUAUUUCUAUAUCAUAUUAAAAUCAAUCCUCUCAAUAUUUAGCCUCGCUUUACAUCUUUGCUGAGCUUCUGAUAAGCAUAGAUAAUCUCUAUCAUCUCCCAUGUGAACAAAUAGGAGUACAAACCCUAAAGAUGUCUUCCAGGAGGCUGUUAGGAACAAGUCUUACCUCUUUGGAUUCACAUUAACCAGACUAAUGCAUCAUAUUGAACUUGAUUGACUGUCAGAAUGUCACACUGCUGAUCCAGGAAAUCUACAGACAAGACAAAUUAGUAGCUUAGGCAACACCAAGGAGAUACAUGCAAGUUCCAAAGCGAUCGCCCUCCAUUGUCGACAUAAAACAUGUAGUCUAGAAAGUGAUGAAAUGUAAUCAAUUGUUACUCUAUGGAUGAAUGUACACUGCUUGAUUUGUAAAGUAGAAGUGACCAAUAGAAUUCUAACAAAUCAGAACCUAGAUGCCUUUCAGUGGUGCUAUUGGCACCAUGUCUUCUUUCUGUUCUCACACCUCAUCUCUGCCCCCUUUGCGUGCCGUUAGGAUUCACAGCAGAAAUUUAAACCAUCAUGACUGCACAAACUGAUAUAGUGACCAUUUCAAAAGACAUAUAUUGUGCUGUCUGAUCUUGACUGACACCCAUGCUUGAAAAAUAACAAAUUAAGGGAUGUUUUGCUAUAAUUUUAAUGAGCCCAGUUACAACUCUUGAUUUUUAUUCUGGAGAAACUUCACCAAAACAAUUGUCAUUUUUGGUGCAGCAAAAACGAAGCAUUUAUUCUGAAUGUUCCUGCCAUUUCUUGUGAUUAUAGGUGUGAAGGCUCAUUCAGAUUCAUUUCUCUCUGUUCUCUACAGGCAGAAAAAUAAUGAGAAAUUAUAACUUUAUGAUGCUAAUUGGCAUAAAAUCACAGUAGUCCGAGUUAGACAUUAGAUUUCUGUCACGACAUGCUAAUCAGGUUGUUCAAUUUGGAAAGAAUACAGUUUUAAUGGCUGCAGUUAUGCAAAUGACAACAUUUAAUUUAAAUUGGAAAUUCAUCCUGUCAGCACAGGCCCAUUCCCUCUACCAACAUCUUUUUUUACACUCACACUUGGUCACUUGCCACGGCGGGCCAUAUACUCUGUGCUUCAGGCUGCUAAGCAGAUCCCCUGCUGGAAUCAGCAGCAAGUGCCUUGCUCAGGGGAAACGCAGCAGCAUUUUCAGUCAACUUGGCUCCAGUGAUUGUUGUAGAAAUCAUCUUCAAUGAUGGCUACCAAUGUAUGUGUGUAGUGCAAAACAUGCCAGUGUGCUUCACGUCACUUAACAGUUGGAGUCAAUAUCACACAAAGCGAGAUAUUAUAGUAAUUAUUCAAAGUAUAUCCAUCAGGGGGGUUUCACAUUGAUCUCUUGCUUCAGCUUUGGACAAGAGAUCUUGAAAACAUCAAAACUCUCAAGUUAAAUGCUACAUUCCACAUAUUGGCUUGCGUAUAUUCAAAGUUCUCCAACUGAAGCUGUGAAAUUCAGUUUAAGAUCUGGUUUUGUUCACACUUUGCAUUGUGCACGGUGAGACCUACCAAACAAGCUUAUUUAGCCACAGUAACAUAGUACAAGACAAAAAUACACAGCGGUCAUUAAUGUUUGUGGAUCUGCAGAUGGUAGUGUGUGAAAGGGUUUUGUAGUUUGACCAACUGGGCAUGACUCACUGUGGCUUUACCCCCACCAUACGCUCAGCUACCAACAAAGACUCUUCUAUGGAAAUGUUAAAAGCUUUUUGGGAAACUAGGAAAUCACUUACUGACACAGCAGGAGGAGGAGUGAGUGCAGCAGUAAAAUUAAUUACUUAAUAGCUCUCAGAAAGUACCAAACAUCCCAGACUUUUUCUCUUCUUUAAGUCUAGGGAGAAUUUGAAUGACGUGUUUUGUCGGAUGUUAUCAUAUUAGAAUUUAUAACAAAAAUAAAGCCACAAUACAAGACAAACUCCUUAGAAACAUUUUAAGACAUUAAAGGGAUCAUUUCUUUACAUUUGUGGCUAUGGAGGAGUCUAAUAUGUUUUCACAAAAAGACAUGAGAUCAAUGUCAGAUACUCGUGUUUGGAGUAUAUCAUAUGCUGUUUUUCUCUACCUGACGGAAAGAUUUUCCUCACAGACAAAUACAGCACGUGCUAAAAAAAAAAAGAAUUAGAGUACUUCCUUAACCUAAAAGUAUCACGUUAGGGUCAACUUUUCACCCAGAACAUCACCUAUAAUUGAUUCAAAAAUGUCUUCUUAAAAUUAUUCAGUGCAAUAAAAUAUGUGUUAGAAUAAAUAUCCAUUAAGCAAAGAGUACAAUGUAUCAAAUAUGGAACUAAAAUGUGUAUUUUUAUUAAAAAAAAAACACAUUAUUCAUACCCCAAAUAAACAGCUUGGUUUCAUUUAUAACUGACUUGUUCAGGAUCUCUUGCUGUCACUAAGUAGCAUUGCUUUUCAAUGCGAGGGGUUAAAGAAUGUAUUUUAUAAACACUUAAAUGCCACUUUUUUAGAUACACUUGUUCAACUGCUUAUUAACAAAAUAUCUAAUCAGCCAAACACAUGGCGGAUCCUCAAUGCAUGUGGGCACAUAGGGAUGGUCAAGGCGACCAUCUGAAGCUCAAAGUGAGCAUCAGAAUAAGAAAGAAAGGUGUUUUUUUUUUUUUUUAAUUAUUUUAUUUUAUUUUUAUUUACGGGUUGUACGGAAG